AUGGGCUCCUCAAAAACAUCUGUUAGGAAGAAGAAAGAGGCUGAAGAGAGAGGGCAGAUUGAAGAGCAAAUUGCCAGUGAACAGCUGGAAUUACAAGGGCUGAUGAGCUGUUUAUCAGACCUGAAAUCUGAACUUGCACAAGUAGAGGAAGCUUACAAAGAUCUUCAAAUGCAGAUCAACAUCCAAGAUGCGAAAGAAAACAAGACUGAUGCAUCAGAGAAACUGUCAGCUGCCAAAAGCCACACGAAAAAAGGAAGAGAGAGGAGAAAGGCUGUCACAUCAGCUGAAAAGUUGCAAGAUGCAAGUAAAACAGGUAACCAAACCAGUCUGAAAGAUGAUCCUGCACAUAAGAGCACAAAUGAAUCUACGCAGACAUCAACAAAAGAGCAGACAAAACAAAAGGCUGGAACAGAGAAGUCGGCGAAAUCAGUGAAGGCAGCCAGGGGGUCGCAGAGGAAAGCAGAGCAGCAAGAAUCAAAUUCACAAGAAUCGGUGCAAGCUGUGAGAGGGAGACGACCGCCUGCUGGACCCUCCAAGACCACAGAUCCACAACUAAAAAAACAAAGUAAAGUGAAAACUGGGGAAAGACAGUCCACAUCACAGCAGGCUUCCUCACAGAGCAGGAAGAAAGCUGCUGUAGCUGCAGAUGAUGCUGGAAGGGAGACACAAAACACCAGUCUUAGAAGAUCCAAGAGGAUAGCCAGUAGAAAGUAAAUGUUUUUUACUCUUGAGGG